UCAUUUCCAAUUCUCAUCACCCUCAAGAAGCUAAUAAAAAGCUUAAUUAUACCAAUCAAAAUAUUUUAAAUAUGGCUUUAAGAAUUAUAGCUUCUGGGGUACUUCUCGUAUCUCUUAAUCUUCUUUUCUUUACUUUGGUUAGCUCUACCUAUGCAUCCGACUACACUAGCACUCCAACAUCAUCAACACCAAAGCUAAAAAAGUAUACACCCGAUUACACUAGUAACCCAUCAUCAACAACACCCGAGCAAAAAGACUAUACACCUGACUACACUAGCAAACCAUCAUCAACAGCUCCCGAACAAAAAGACUAUACACCUGAAUAUAAUAGCAAGCCAUCAUCAGCAACACCAGAGCCAACAAAUUAUGCACCUGACUACUCUAGCCACUCAUCAUCAGAAACCUCAGAACCAAUAAACUAUGCACCUGACUACACUAACAACCCGUCAUCAGCAACACCAGAGCCAACAAAUUAUGCACUAGACUACUCUAGCCACUCAUCAUCAGAAACCCCAGAACCAAUAAACUAUGCACCUGCCUACACUAACAACCCGUCAUCAGCAACACCAAAACCAAUGGACUAUGCACCUGACUACUCAAGCAACCCAUCGUCAACAUCGCCAGAGUCGAUGGACUACACACCCGAUUACUCCAGCAGUUCAUAUGAUAAACUUGCCAAGUGUCCAAAGGAUACUCUUAAAUUAGGUGUAUGUGUCAACUUAUUGAAAGGUUUGUUGGGUGUUACAGUAGGCACCCCACCACAUGCUCCUUGUUGCAGCCUUAUCGGUGAUCUUGUUGAUCUUGAAGCCGCUGUUUGCCUUUGCACAACGAUUAAAGCUAGUCUCUUGGGCAUUGACUUGACUCUUCCUAUCGACCUUAGCUUAUUGCUCAACUACUGUGGCAAACAAUUGCCAAAAGGAUUCCAGUGUUCCUAAAUUAAUGUAAUUUAAAUUGAUUUCUAUGUUUCCAAGAGUUGUUUUUACUGUUUUUUCAUAUGUGUUUAUUAGUUGUUGAGAGUCUUCUUUUACCUGCAAUUGUAUAUUGCAUGUUCGUUUCGAAUUGAAUUGUAUUUUUUUUCAAAAUUAUGAAUUUAUUUUAUUUUUGAAUGACUAA